AUGCCAUUGAAGGAAACUGCCUCGUCAUUCUUCACCAAGGCCGGUGUGGAGCGUCAAAACCUCGGCAAUAGUCAACUGUACCACAUUGGCGGUGGAGGCUGCGCAUAUAUUAUUGCUCCCGAUGGUCGCAUCAUCACCUCGGACCUAGGAGAGGAGGAGGAAGGUCUCCUGAUCGCCGACGGUCACUACAGCCGACCGGACCUUCUAUGGUUGGGUGUUGAUAACAGAGAAAAGCUCCAAAAGAGGACCGACUUUGAGCUCUUGACAAAAAUUCAAAGGCUAAGGAUGAGGGAAAUCAAAAGGAAUGGUUGCUAG